AUGACCUAUCCUGGGAAUUUUUUUGCUGAUGUGCAGGCAAAGAGGGAUCCUUACAGGUUCCGGUUUCCUAUUGAGAUGCGGUUUGUGGAACCAAACAUAGAUCAUCUGAUCUUCAACACGUUUGAUUUUCCUCCAAUCUUUCACCGUGAUGAUGAUACUAAUCCUGAUGAAAUCCGCCGUGAUUGUCAAAGAGCUCCAAUUCCCAGAAAAGGUCCUGCCAUUGAUGUAGAGGAGGAACCUUUACUAUCAAAUCAUCCUUAUGUAAAUCGAUUGUGGCAGAUACAUAAUGCUGAACAGAUGAUUUUGGAUGAUCUCGAAGCUAAUCCUGACAAAUACCAGGGAAAAAAAUUGUCAGAAUUAACUGAUGAUGAAGAUUUUGAUGAGGAAAACAGCAUCCAGUAUGCACAAGGUACAUUCAAGAAGACCAAACUUCCAAUGACGAUUCUGAAAACCAGUGUGAAGGAUCUUGACUUAGAAGCUGCACUUGCAGAGCGUCAGCACUAUGAAAAACUGAGAAAGGAAGCAUUUGAAAGGGGAGAAAAGUACAAAAUAUACAAGUUGAAGAGAAAUGUUGAAAUGGAUGAGUAUGACCUCAUCCAUUGGCGCCGAUCCUAUGAGGAAAGAGAGGCCCUGAUGAGGGAUAUUAGCUGCCGUCGAGCACUUGGGCUUCCAUUAGUUGAGCCUGGGAGAUAUGCAGAUCCCAGCUACUUUAAGGGUGAGUAUGAUCCUGAGCAUCCACUUUAUCGUUUUGAUUACUGGGGAGAACCAAAGAACUCGGAAAAGAGUAAACAAGAACGGAUGACUGAAGCCCACAACAAAUCAAUUAUUGGCAAUGGAAAAGUGUGGUACGAGAUGUCAUAUGAAGAUGCUAUUAAGCUGAAGAAGAUACGGGAGGCCCAAGGACUGACACAAGAAGAUGAAGAUGCCGAUAUAGAUGUAGAUGAUAGCGAAGAUGAAGAUGACGAUGAAUACGACGACUUAGUUUACAGCAUUCUAACCAGCCCAAGUUUAGAUUCGUCUGAACAGCCCCAUGUUAAUGGUACUGAAUCGUCCAGAUUAUCAGACGAAGGAAUGUUUGAGGAUGCCGCCUAG